AGUUGUCUCUGUUCAGACAAGGAAAAAUUCCGACAGUGAUUUUCCGAAACCAGUGUUUGUUUUUCUUGAGAAACAGGUUUUCUCAGCAAACAAACAGUUUUCUUUUUUGUAUUUUUUUUUCUCCUUGUUCUUAUACAUAUAUAUCUUUUUUCUUUCAAAAUUUCUGUUUGGUUACUAAGAACUUCUGAAGUGCCGCUUUAAAGUAUUGGAAACGUUAAGAAGCCUUAGCAGAACUGUGCUGAGAAGAACUUUCUGCGAUCCACUUGCUGUAUCAGAUUGCUGCUGUAAGUGUUAGAAUAGCAAGCGUUGGUCUCUACGGAUUUUUAAUAUAAUAUAUAUGUGCAUGGAGACAAGGGAAGGCUUGAAUUCAGGUGUCACGGUGAUAGGAGCUGAAGCUCCGUCAGCUUAUCAUGUAGCACCAAGAACAGAAAAUGCCAGCCAGAUUGGUGCAUCACCUGCUAUGACUGUCUCUCCUAUUAGUUUACCAUUGACUGGAGGGUCCACGGAAAAGAAGAAGAGAGGUAGGCCUAGGAAAUAUGGACCAGAUGGAACGGUUGCAAGGGCUUUGUCACCGAUGCCAAUUUCGUCUUCUGUCCCACCCUCUGGUGAAUACUCGGGAGGAAAGAGGGGUAGAGGGCGGGCCAGUGGUUACCAGAGUAAGCAGAACAAGGGACUGGAAAUGGGGAAUAUAGGAGACUGGGCUGCUAAUUCUGUUGGUACAAAUUUCACACCCCAUGUCAUCACAGUCAAUGCGGGCGAGGAUGUAACAAUGAAGGUUAUAUCAUUUUCACAACAAGGACCACGGGCUAUUUGCAUUCUAUCUGCCAAUGGAGUAAUAUCAAAUGUUACCCUUCGUCAGCCAGAUUCUUCUGGGGGAACUCUAACAUAUGAGGGUCGCUUUGAGAUACUUUCCUUGUCUGGAUCCUUCAUGCCUACAGAAACUCAAGGAACUAGAAGCAGAUCUGGGGGAAUGAGUGUUUCAUUGGCAAGUCCUGAUGGUCGUGUUGUAGGGGGAGGUGUAGCUGGGCUCCUUGUUGCUGCUGGUCCUGUGCAGGUUGUUGUAGGCAGUUUUUUACCUGGUAAUCAUCAAGCCCAAAAACCCAAGAAGCUGAAGAAUGAAUCCUUACCGGCUACUGUUGCACCGAACUCUACAAUGGCUGCUGCAAGUGCACCUGCUUCAAAUGCAGACAAAGAGGAUGGAAUUGAUGGACAUCCACAACAAAAUAACAUCCUGAAACCAAACCUCGCCUCUUCCACUGCCAGUCCUUUCCGGAGAGAUAGUUGGGUCCCCAUGCAGGAACAAAGGAACUCUGCCACCGACAUCAACAUUUCCUUGCCUGCAGGUUAAUUUGAUUUAGGCCAUGAUCAUCCAUCUGAUAAGCUGAUUAUUGGUCCCAUAUGUUUUCUUACAUUCUACAUUGUACUUGUGUGUUAUUGAGAACUAGAGUAGGUCCUAGGAAGGAUAGAUUAGCAUUAACUACCCCAACAUCCAGCCAGGGUUACAUAUUUAUUAUUUAGGAAUUGGGACGUGAUAUCCAUUUAUGUUGGCUCAAUCUGAUUAUUGGAGUUUCUAGAUGUAAGAAGAACAAAUGGCUUUCCUUUUC